AUGGAAAAAGGGAAAGGUCGAAAGUGGGCAGUUGAUUUCACAGACAAUUCAUUGACGCCCUCCUCCUGUGACAUUCCAGAUCCUCCUGGCUUCACUCGUGCUUCUCAUGAUCAAGAAGAUUCCAGUAUGAGUCGUCAACAGAAAGAUGUUGAAGCAAACUGGAAGUCUCAAAAAGCAUGGGAAGAGGCCCAAGCCCCUUUCAAGCAGCUGCAUAUGAUGGCGUUUAUGAUGUGGAUGUCUGGAAGCACGGUCCAUUUGUUUAGCAUUGGCAUUACGUUUUCAGCUCUUUGGCAGCCAUUAAGUGCUCUUCAAGGAGUUGGGAAGGUUUUUGAACCUUUCAAGGAUAAUAACAAAGUAGACCUUCUUGCACCCAAAUUGUUAUUCAUUGCCCUGAAUUUAGGACGUAUGUUGCUUGGUGUAUGGAAGUUAAACACACUAGGGCUUCUUCCAAUUCAUGCUUCUGAUUGGGUUUCAUCUUUACCACCUGCUCAUGAGAUCGAAUUUUCAAGUGGAGGUAUUAAUCUGCAUUAA